AUGGCGCCUUCAAAACGAGGUCCCUCGGUCUUGGUGACUGACUCCCGCAACAGACCGGCGCCUCGUCCUGCAGCACAGCGCCGUGAUACUGGAGCAGGUGGUGCAGGCCGGCCACCCAUGCGCUUCAUCUCUGUCGACAAUGUCCUCCAAUAUUCUUCCGACAUACCCUCUGGUCAACCUCGACCCGGCCCUGUCCAACGACCAGGCGGUCCCAUUGGCGCACGCCGCAUCCCUUCUUCUUCAGGAGCUGGAGGAGGUCUACCAACUGUCCAAUCGAGGUCCGGCCAAUCGAUUGUGCCGUCACGAACGACGAAGAUCAGCGAGAAGCUCGUCCUGUUGCCCGAAACCAUCGACGAGAGAAAGAGCUCAGACGAGGACGAGGACGACGAUGCUGCUUUACUGGCGAAAAGACUCGAGCAAGAAGAGAGCCGGCCACUGAAGGACGAAGAACUAGAGCUGCUGCGCAAGAGGGGCCCAAUUCGUGGCAAGAGCUAUGCCGAGAGAAUGCCCAAGGUGCAGCGGAAGGAAAAGCUCGCGCGGUUGACUGCCUACUGUACUGCUCAAUCGUACAAGACGAAAUCGACGGCCGAAUUCUUACGCAAGAAGCACGGUGCCAAAACGAAGCUCUACGACGAUUGUCUUUACGCCAUCUAUGCGCUGCCUCUACUUCCGGGCUCUGAAGGCUGCCGGGUGCGGAGCCGGCCAAUGCUCAAAACGCCUGGCAGCGGCAAAACUGUGCUUGAUCUUGAGAUGGAGCGAAGCGAGCGGAGGGGCCACCAGGGAGGAUACUUUCCAGACGACGCCUACACCGGCACGAGUCCCACCAACGGAGAUUCAGAACAGCAUUUCGAGGACCUGCAUCGUGGACGGUCCCAGCCGAAUGGCGACUCGAACGAUACAACGAGUCCUGAUGACCGCUCACUGUCACCCAUGAGCCGUAUCGCUCCAGAUGCCAAGGCGUUCGCUGAAGUGUUUCUCUUCUCAUAUGGUGUCGUUGUCUUCUGGAAUUUCACCGAAAACCAGGAGAAAGACAUUCUCGCCGACCUGACCUUUGCCGAGAACGACUCUGGCCAGAGUCUUCUCACGCGGCCGUUGAACGAGGAGGAUUUUGAGACGGAGGAAUUCCACUUUGAAUACAGCGAGAACAUAAAACGCCCGCGUAUCUUCAACGACAUGAUCACCUUACUCCCACGAAGCGAUCACAUGAUCAAGCUCUCUAUCAGCCACGCCAUUGCGCAAAGCACCAAGCUUUGUCUCUUUGAAGAACGCAUGAGCGAGACAAUGCUCGACGCACAACACGUGCCGAAGAGGCUCGCACUGACCGGCGAGCUCAACAUGACGCGAACCGAAAUCCUCAAGAUCCUCGGCCGGCUGUUCAAGAGUCGCGUGGAUAUCAACCUUUCAUCCAACAUCCUCGACGUGCCCAACUUCUUCUGGGACUCGGAACCCACCCUCAACCCCCUCUACGUCGCCAUCCGCGAGUACCUCGAGAUCGAUCCCCGCAUCAAGGUCCUCAACGAACGGUGCCGUGUCUUCCUCGACCUAGCCGAGAUCCUCUCCGACUCGGUUGCAGACUCCAAGAUGAGCUACAUCACCUGGAUCGUCAUCAUCCUCAUCGUCAUCAGCAUCCUCGUCACACUGACAGAAGUCGGCUUGCGCUUCAUCCUGCUGAGCAAGAACAGCGACGAAGGCGGCAAAAAGCCCAGCGAGACCGCCGUGCGCAUGCUGCUCGACGUGCCCCAGGUGGAUGUCGGCGCCGGCGGACUAGCCGGGGAGCUGCAGGGCAAAAACGUCACCGUCGAGGACGUGAGGCGGUGGAGCCGUCUGCUGGGCGACGCGGACCUGUGCGGCAGCCAGAUCGUGGGCGAGACGUUCAAGGGCGUCUGA